ACCGCGGGGUCACGCCGCCCCCGCCCCCUCGCCCUGGCCGGACUUUCCGUGCUAUUUUUACGCGCGGACACCGGACACCCGGCUGGGGCGGCUGCGGCACCGGGGCCGGGCGUCGGGGCCACACGUCCGUCCGCCGGUCGUGCGGGCUGUGCGCGCCAUGGAGCCGCGGUGCCCGCCGCCCUGCGGCUGCUGCGAGCGGCUGGUGCUCAAUGUGGCCGGGCUGCGCUUCGAGACCCGUGCGCGCACGCUCGGCCGCUUCCCGGAUACGCUGCUGGGGGACCCGGUGCGCCGCAGCCGCUUCUACGACGGCGCGCGUCGCGAGUACUUCUUCGACCGACACCGACCCAGCUUCGACGCGGUGCUCUACUACUACCAGUCCGGCGGGCGGCUGAGACGGCCGGCGCACGUGCCGCUCGACGUCUUCCUGGAGGAGGUGUCCUUCUACGGGCUGGGCGCCGCGGCGCUGGCACGGCUGCGUGAGGACGAAGGCUGCGCGGUGCCUCCCGAACGGCCGCUGCCGCGCCACGCCUUUGCGCGCCAGCUCUGGCUGCUCUUUGAGUUCCCCGAGAGCUCGCAGGCUGCGCGAGUGCUCGCCGUGGUCUCGGUGCUCGUCAUCCUGGUCUCCAUCGUGGUCUUUUGCCUCGAGACGCUGCCAGACUUCCGCGACGACCGCGAUGACCCGGGGCUCGCGCCGGUGGCGGCUGCCACUGGCCCGUUCCUCGCUCGGCUGAAUGGCUCCAGCCCCAUGCCAGGCACUCCUUCCCGUCUGCCCUUCAGUGACCCGUUUUUUGUGGUGGAGACCCUGUGUAUCUGCUGGUUCUCCUUCGAGCUGCUGGUACGCCUGCUGGCCUGCCCAAGCAAAGCCAUAUUUUUCAAGAAUGUGAUGAACCUUAUCGACUUCGUGGCCAUCCUGCCUUACUUUGUGGCACUGGGCACCGAGCUAGCCCGGCAGCGAGGUGUGGGCCAGCCAGCUAUGUCCCUGGCCAUCCUAAGGGUCAUCCGAUUGGUGCGAGUUUUCCGUAUCUUCAAGCUCUCCAGGCAUUCGAAGGGCCUACAGAUCUUGGGCCAGACGCUGCGGGCCUCCAUGCGUGAGCUAGGCCUCCUCAUCUUCUUCCUCUUCAUCGGGGUGGUCCUCUUUUCCAGUGCAGUCUACUUUGCUGAAGUGGACCGGGCAGACACCCAUUUCACCAGCAUCCCCGAGUCCUUCUGGUGGGCAGUGGUCACCAUGACCACAGUUGGCUAUGGAGACAUGGCACCCGUGACCGUGGGUGGCAAGAUCGUGGGCUCUCUGUGUGCCAUCGCGGGUGUCCUCACCAUUUCUCUCCCUGUGCCCGUCAUUGUCUCCAACUUCAGCUACUUUUACCAUCGGGAGACGGAGGGUGAAGAGGCAGGGAUGUACAGCCACGUGGACACGCAGCCCUGCGUCUCGCUGGAGGGCAAGGCUAAUGGGGGUCUGGUGGACGCUGAGGUGCCUGAACUCCUGCCGCCACCCUGGCCCCCUGCUGGGAAACACAUGGUGACCGAGGUGUGAGGGCCAGCUGGGGUCUUCAGGAAGCUGGGGUCUGGGAGGGGAGAGGGACUGCAGGGCAGGUGCCAGGCUAAGGAACACACACUGGAUGCGGAUUGAUGUCACGUGGCGGCUCCUGGGGGGGGGGCCUUGAGUAGACAUGGAUGACCGGGAUUUGGGUUGAGUCCAGGGGUUUCCCAUCAGUUGUGCAAACCUCCAGGGGCCCCUGUGGGUAGCGCUGAAAGAGGCCUGUCAUAAGCUGUGGGUUUCCGGGGUCUGCGUGGGGUCUCAUUCGAGUGUAUGAUGAGCAGCUGUGUGGCUUCGAGCCCCCUAGGGCCAAGCUGGCUCCACUGUUAAGAGUGGUCUUGUGGCUGCAUAGGCACAUACAGAAGUUGUGUGGAGAUGCAUAGAGGAGCGUGUGGAUUUGUGCUUCUUCUAGGACGCAAGCUGUUACGGGUUCUGUGAGCUCUGGAACCUUGCAGACAGAACACGAUCGCGCUGGGGCCUGGUGGGGAAACCUGGGUUAGGGGAUGAGAGACAGGAGGAGGCAGAGACCCAGAGCGUAAGGGACAGAGAGCCGCAAACGGCAAUUCUCUGUGUUGUAUAGCAUUAUAGGGCUGGAACCUGUUUAGAGCCAUGCAGAGCUGAGGAGUACGGAGACGUGUGACAGUGUGAGUCUCAUAAUAGCCAUACAGUUGAGUCCGUGACUUCUUAGGUCUCGUGGGACCAUGCUGACUCAUGUCACUCUGAGUCCCGUGGGAGUGUAUGUGAGGGCCAUAGGGCCAUAGGACCAUGUUAAGGGUCACAGCACAGAUAAAACUAAGUGUAAGGGAGCAAGCCUGGGCACGUGGGUGUGGGUGGCCCACUGAAUAAGCUUUCUCAGGGAUGUGCACGGUAGGGCCGGUAGUUUCUGCCUCCCUGGCUCCCCUGCCCCUUCCAUGUGGAGAGGCUCUGUGGGGCUCUCAGCCAGCUCACCUUGGUCAUGUGGGAUCCAGGUCUAUGCUGCCCUGAGCUGUAGUGGGGAUCCCAACACUGGAGCCACAAGGGAAGGAAAACACUUGGACAUUACAGGGGGACAAAGAUCUAGAGAGGAGAGAGAAAGGGGGAGAGGGAGGGAGAAGGGAGAGAGAGAUCCAGAGAGAGGAAAGCAAGAAUGAGGAAGGGCACAGAGGGGUGGAUGUCAGACAGGCAGGAUGAGGGAGACAUGUACUGGAGAGAGAGGAGAGGGAGAGCAGGAACCAUGGUAGCCUUGAGCCCAGGGGUCACCCUUUCUGUUCUCUGAGUCAUCAGACUCUAAGCCAUGGCGUCAGCACCCCUCACAGCCAAGGAAGGUCACCAUACUCCUGGAGGUGCUCUAUGUUUCCUAGGACAGAAACCCAAGGCUGUAAAAUGUUGUGGUGUCCCCCAAGGUCACCCAGCACGUCACAGGGCCACCAGGACUGGUAGCAGGUGGCCUGCUUGUGACACCCCCACAACUUCUGGUGUGCAGGUAUUGCUGGAGGCCACUGGUCCUGUGUCUUCUCGUUCUGUUUUGUCUUUUGAGACAGGAUUGGUCCUUCUGUGUAACUCCGGCUGUCCUGGAACUCAGUAUGUAGACCAGGACAGCUUUGAACUCACAGACCCUCCUGCCUCUGCCGCCCAAGUGCUGGGGAUUAAAGGUGUGUGCCACCAUGCCUGGCAAGGCCAUGCAUCUCAUAGGGGGAAGCUGAUAUUAGAGGGAACAGUAAUACCCUAGGCUACUGAGACAAAUACUUUUGGAGUCUUCUGGGACUGAGAGACAUUUUAGGGAAGAGGAGCGAUUACAGAGUUCAAGGAAUUUGACUGGCAUUAACUUAUUAAAACCUGUUCACUGGU